AUUUAUUGCAUUUGUUGGCAUAUAAUCGUUACUAUGAUGUACUGCUGAAAGAAAUUACUGAUGUCAUACUUUUUCUGAGAUUUAUCUUGAUUUCCUGUUUAUUCUUCAAGUAAAUUAUGGGAUUACUAGUCUAUUUUAAUGCGUUAUGUAGAAUAUUUUUCAUAAACUCCCAUGUUUAUACAGGAAAUGGAGAACCAUGGUUUGAUCUGGACUCGGUUCUCGAUUCUGAUGGUGAAGAAGAAUUUUAUAGCGUUCAAGAUGAUGUUUCUCAAGCUGGAUCCAUAUCAACUGGUGUUACUCCAAGAUUUUCAAAUAUAGCAUAUUUUAAUGGCACCGAAUUUCAGCUGAUUUCUGAUGAACCACAAAAUGAGGCGAGGGAUUCAGCUCAUUUGGAGAAAGCCUCAGUUCAAUGCAGAGAUGAAAGUGCUGGCAAUGAAGACGAUACGGGAAUUUCUCACAACUGUGGACUUCUAUCGAACACCUUGCUUCCAUGUCUUGCUUGUGCCGAGUCCUUAGACCAAAAGAGAAAAUUGCAAAGCCCAAGAUCACCUGGUUUGAGAAAAAAACUGUCCCUUACUACUUCUUUUAAAAGGAGAGACGGACAACCAAAUACUAUCAUACCAUCUCCAAAGGCCAUUUUGGGAAGGCCCAUAGCAGGUUCUCAAGUAACUCGUUCCCUGCUAGAGAAGAAAAUGUCUGAAUCUUGGUCACAGAUUGAGUCAAGUAUCUUCAAAGUCCGUGGACGAAAUUUUCUUAGGGAUAAAAAGAAAGACUUUGCUCCAAAUCUUGCUGCAUUCGAGUCGUUUGGAGUAGAUAUAUUCUUAUCUCCACGCAAAAUUCCUCACAUAGCUCGAUUUGUGGAACUUCCUGCUAUUGAUGCAUAUGGCGAAGUCCCUCCCAUCCUUGUUGUAAACCUUCAGAUACCACUUUAUUCUGCCACCAUAUUCCAAAAUGAAUAUGACGGAGAGGGAAUGAAUUUUGUUUUUUAUUUCAAGCUGUCAGAAAAUUAUUCAAAAGCUCUUCCUCUUCACUUUCGAGAAAAUAUCAGGACGAUAGUUGAUAAUGAAAUAGAGAAGAGUAAAGGUUUUCCCAUGGAUACAAAUGCACCCUUCAGGGAAAGAUUAAAGAUAUUGGCUCGGGUUGUGAACGUAGAGGAUCUUCACUUAAGCUCAGCUGAGAGGAAGCUGAUGAAUGCUUACAAUGAGAAGCCAGUUCUUUCACGCCCUCAGCACGAGUUUUACUUGGUAAAGUUACUUAGGCACUUCUUUGCAUGGUUUGGUUCUUUUAAUAUUUUCCUAUAGAGUUACACACGUCUCAGUGAGUGGUUCAUAAUUCAUCUCUAAAUAAGGUAAGUUUAAAAUUGAUAACUUUCGUGGAGUUAUCCCAUAUUCAUUCUUCAAUUGUUUGCUCUCUGACGAUAAAAGUGUGAUUACCUUCAAGCAAAAAAAUUGUUAUCUCAUUUCAAAAGAGGCACUCAAUCUUACUGUUCAUACCUACCUCACCCCCACGCCAAAAAAAGGAAAAAGAUGCAAGUACAAGGGGCUGUGCCAGGUGAGAGAGGAGGUGGGGGCGGGCCCCACUUUUUUCUAAUGUGUGUGGGGCCUGACCCUUACAGUGAGGGGCCUGUGAGGCACCUGUGAACCGAGAGCAAUCCUUUAUAUACUAGAAAUAUUAGGCUGGCCUUGAAAGAUAUAAGAAUGACCCAGUCUCAGGGGUAGACCCACAUGGGGUCAUGUAAUAU